AUGACAGCUGCAGUAGAAGGCGUACAAUAUGGGGAUCACUUUUGGGGUGAAAAACACCAUGGUUAUCAGGUUUUUCUGAAUCUUCAAAAUUUGGAUAUCUUUGGAUUUAACAGGUUUUAUAUGACAACUUGAAAAAAGGCGACGACGCUUUCAAUGAGGUUUCUCAGUUCGUCAAAGAACGUAUGUCCAUGGAAGAUGAAUACGUGAAAACUAUUAAUCGCAGCGUUCAGCGAGUGAGUUUUCUUUUUAAUUAAAGAAUUUCUCGUAUGAAAAGGUAUAGCUGCAAUCAAAGUGAUUGAGCUUUUUUUCCAGAUAAAUUCUUUCAUAAGCAAUGGGUCAAACAUUGAGCCUGUCUGGAUUUUGACAAAAGGAACUCUCGAGCUUUUGUCUGAGAUACAUGUGAUGUUGGUUAAGAACAUGCAGGUCAGUAUUUGGCGUGAAUGAGAAUAUCUUAAUGGGGAGCACUAGGAUUUGUCGCGAGAAGUGCAGAAGUACAAAGAAGAAAUGGGGAAAAGCCGCAAAGAGAUGAAACAGCAAAGUGUGGCAGAAGCGGUCAACCUGAUGCAAACCACGACGACUUGUCUCCAGAAGGUCAUCUGCCAUUCUCCAUGUUCCAAUCAACUAUCGUUUUUGUUGCAGGCCAAAGAGACGUAUCAAACGAGGCACGGGGAAUUAGAGCGCGCCCGUAAAGAAGCCGCUCCGAGCGCCAAAGAAAUCGCAAAGGUUUGUUCAAUCCAAGGAAAAUGACAAUGGUUUUUGCAGUUAGAGACAAAGGCCUCUAGAGCUAGAGAGGAAUACAAAACCUACGUAGAGAAAUAUGAAAUGGUUUGUCAUUUUUUCCGAGUUCCCACUGAAUAUUUUUGAAGGUACGGCAUGAUUUCGAAAUAAAACUGGCCGAAGCGUGUCGCCGUUUCCAGCAAUAUGAUAGGUGUGUAAGCCAUUUAGUGAUUGAAUUAUUUCAAUAGGAGUUUUAAUAAUGGCGGAGACUUUUUAUAACUUGGUUUCAUUAAUUUUACAACUUUUUAAAAACAUUAGUGAUGCGGCCUAACAACAGACAAGAAAAUGACUUUCAAAAAUAACUUUGACAGGUCUCUCUAUGCAACUCUACAGCAGUUCGUCUUGCUCUACGCCGGUCACUUUCAGGAAAUGACAAUGGCCUCGCAACAGGUUCCCCGCAGGUCUCGGACUCUGGGAUGACAAGGAGGUUUCAGGUGGCGGCGCAGUUCAGGGAGUCGCUCCAGCAAGUGAAUGUCGAGGACUGUCUGAGCAGAUUCGUCAAUCUCAAAGGCACAGGAACAGAGCGCCCUCGUAAGACUAGACAGUCUCAAGAAGUUAUCAAUUGUGGUUCAGCACAAGUAACGUUUGAAGAAGUCGAGAAUCCACCAAUCUAUCAUUCCGAACAAACUGUUCCACACAAAGAGCUUCUUGACUUCAUUUCUGGUCGGUCUUUCUGUAUUAACUUUCGUCUCCCAUCUUUAACUUUCAGGAAACUAUGCGCGCGCAUAGAUCAGUUAUGAGAACUAAUAUUUUCUAGAUUAGACUUGACAGGUUUUAACUUUCGAAAAAAAAAGCGAAAAACGGAAUCGAAAAAAAAGGGCGAACAACGGAAUCUCUCCCAAAAUGCAACAAGUGGAAAAGGACUUUGAUGCAGGAAGCUCCGUUCCUUCUUCUUGUUCUUCUUCGGGCGUUGUGCAGAACGAGUCCACGAAAAAGAUCGACGGCGACCUUCUAAUGAUGGAUUUCGGCCCUCCAAACCACGUCUCUAGCACAGCCGCCAAGGUUCCGUAAUAUCGGUAUACAUACUCAAAUAUUCGUAACUUGCAGCCACCAUCGCCGUUUUCCCAAGAAGAUUUCGAAAGAAAAACUUCUACUACUGCAACUAGGUUUCGUUUUUUUUUUUCGAAAGUUUUGAAUUGUUGAAAAGUUGAUAGCACGAUAACAUUGAAAAAGGUUAGAGCUGUUUCUUAAAAAAUAUCUUGCUGGGAAAAGACUUAUUGUUCUUUAAAAGGGAUUUCGAGAAUCUGAAAAUCAAAACUGAAGAGUUCCCUGAAAAAUGUUUACAGUUCUUGCGGAUCACCUGAAUGCUUUUUUUUUAACUACGUUAAAUAAUUUUUUUGAUUUGACGGUAGACGCUUGCUUGAGCGCGAAGCAAACGAAAAAGCCGAAAAAAGGGAUGCCUGAACGAGAAUCUUGGCCAUCAAGUAACACCGGAAAAACUGUAAUAUUCAAAGGAGGAGUUUUUUUAGAAAUUUUUAAUUUUUUUCAGAUGUAUUUGUUUUCAAAAUUUCCAAAGUUUUAGUAGUGUAAAGUUCCAAAGUAAAGUAUUCUGGGAAAAAGUUUGUCUAAGAGGCUUGAAAAGGUGAGAUUUUUUGAAUUUCCGUAAGUUUCUUGACAGUAUCUUCCACUGAUUACUAAUGAACUGCGGAAAUUUCGAAUAAUUUGUAGAUAAAGUGAGAAAAACUGGAAAAAAAUGUGCGAAAUUAGCGGCGUUUUCAGCGAGAAGACAACGGUGCCCAAGAAAUUGUCGCUAUUCAUGCCGAAAAGGAAGAAGACGGUCUCUCAGAGCAGCAUCGACGAGUUGGCCGAUACGCCUCCUUCCAACGCAGCAAGUAUGUCUCGUUCUGUUUUCAUUGGUUGCAAUCAGAAUCGGGUCAGGCAUUCUGAAGUUUGCACUGGACCGACGGCGCUCCCGCAAAUCAACGGACGUCGACUCCCACGGCCCUCCCCGCACUUCUUUUUGGUUUGUUCUUUUGUCACUGAUAACCCAAAAUAAUCGUUCUUAUCUGCAGCACGGACGACGCUCACAGCACGGCCAGCAGUUCAAAGAGCGAGGAUAAGGUCUUCAUUUGUUUUUUUUUUUUGGUUUCUGAGCGGUUUUCUGGUCUUUGUUGCUUUGGAUGCGAGCUCUUGGCUUAUUUUUUUCGUCAGGAAAAAAAAAAUUGUUGAAUGUUCGCAUUUGAAUCAUAUCCUUGUUCAAACAAUUCAAAUGUGCAAGUUAUUCAUGAUUUUUUGAGAGAAGAAACAUAACCGAGUGUACUUAUCGUUUGAGAAGUUCAACGUGAGCAGAAAAUAUAAAUGGAAAGAGUUUGUUCGAGUUCUCCGAUGUUGAGAAUUAGCAGUUGAAUGGCGCACCCACUAUCGAUUCUCUGAUGGAAGGCUGUGCGAAAAUCGAUGAAGAGGGCUACACGAUCCGCGGUGACGUCAUCUCUCAGGCCGACGAAACCCACUGGUCUUCUUGUUCCAGCAGCGAGGAGGUCUGUUUCUGAACCAACAUGAGCAGAGUACAGGACCGCAAUAGAUAAUUUUUAGGGAAAGAUAUUUUUGAACAACAAAAUGCCAAAUGGCACAAAAGUUUUAUAGAAGUUUGAUUAACGCAAAGUUGCUUGAAUGAAAAGAAAAGUGGCAUGUUUUCAGAAAAUAGUUCUGAAAAGGCGUUCUCAAGUUACAAUCAUUGUUGACUAGGGACUCGGAAAGAAAAGAAAGUCGACAAAAGAUGGGUCUAGGAUGAGGACGACCUACAACAAUCCAAGAUCAGGGCCCUGACAAUUCGACCAGCAGACAAGGCCGUGCACAUGAACGCCUCUGUAGAUGAACUCCGAGACGCCAUCGGCCAUAUCAAUUUGACCAGGAGCAGCACCUUCGACAAGGAUCCCUGGUCGGCCGGAGUCUCCACGGCGCCUCCUCUUUUCUCGCAGUCUAUGAGUGCAGCGACUCUUCGCGCUCCGCUUCGAACCAAUCACACGGCCGACGGCCGUUUCCGCAGCGUUUUCAACGGUUCCCGCUGCCUCAGUUGUCAUUCUCAAAGCGAAGAUUCAGAGUCCGACUACGCUGCGUCUAACGUUCCACCAGCUUUCUCAGUCUCGAUGGGAUACAACUCUAGUAAGUAACAACCCGUUAAAAAAAUGUCUAUGAUAGAACCAAGUAAAGUACUUCAUAUCCCUAAAUCUUCAUAUUAAAAAUUCUUCGAGCUUAAUCAACUAUUACUACGAAUAUUAAAACAGUUUUUAAACCAUUAUGCCGAAGUUUACAAUGAACGACUACAGUUUCAAUUUCUUCAAAUAUCAAAUAUUUCAAUAAAAUUAUCGCGCCUAGGUGUAGUUGCAGAACAAAAAUUUCCAAUUAUUUUUUUGAACUCUAAAGUAAAAGGGAAAAUUCUGUCGCCCUCUAAGCUGCCAAUUUUCAAGUUCCAAACGUCUGUCCGUAAUAUUGUACAGUCUCCUUUCUAUCCAAAUAUGUUCAAAUGCGUUGCUUAAUUGUUUUCAGACAUGAGCAUGGCACGUGCGCGACCUCGAAGUAACACUCCGACCCAUAACCAGCUCUUCUCGACGUCUUCCGGCCAUUUUGGCGCCGCAGUCAACAGAAAGGUCUUGUUAUUUCUGAACGUAGAACUUACGCGCGAAGAGAAAGUCAAGAAAACUUACAAAAUAAUUUUAUUUGCAAUUUAUAGCUUUCUGUAGAAUAUGAACCCAUUCUAAUGGAAUUUCUGUGCAGCUGUUUUGAUAAUCAAUCCAUCUGAUCGCCAUCGAUCGUUUCAGGUUUUUCCUUUGUAGUUUGUUUAUGUUUUUUUUUCUGUUGUUGAUAAUCUUAUCUGAAAAGGGUAAUACGAUCCUUGAAAAUUUCUUCUCAGGUUUUUGGGGAAAAAACCAAUAAAGAACGGAAUAACUGAAAAAAAUAAAUAAGGACAAAACUAAAAAUGUCUCAUAGCGCGAUUUUUGUCGUUCGAAAAUUAUUUUUCUUGUUUCCUCUAGGUAUACUUUACUUUAGGAGUCGACGAGCAGCUUCGGCGACGCUUGGAAUUCGUCUUUCAACUUGGCGCCCUGCGAAUCGAACAACUCCCUUGGAGAAUCGACUUUCAACUUGUCUCAAUCCACUGGGAACCUGCUCCAGGUCUUUCUUUACCUUUUCAUUUUCACAUUUCUCUUUCAAGGCGACCAUCAACGAGCAAAGGAUUCCGCUGGCGAUGGCAGUCAACGAAUAUUCUCACGUUUGGUUCAAAGGCGCUAGUUCUCAGUACGAUCAUUGAAGCAUAUUUAUUGUAACAGUUAUAAACUUUCCUUCCGUAGGUUUUUAUCUCAAUUGCAAUCCCAACUGAUUGACUUUGACAAAAAAUGUGAGAGAUUCUACAAUGAGACAUUUUUUUUACUCUAUAGUUCUAAUGUGGAAAUAAAAUCAGAUUUGGUUUUCUCAGGAAGUCACAAAGUCUGUUCAGGAAUGUACAGCGCAUAUUCGGCACCGUGAUGAUUUCCUUCGCCGCUUCCUCGAUUCCUCUGUUGACUGCCGCUCAAGCCGAGUUCGAGCCUUUGCAGUUUUGCUUGAAGAAUGCGGAAAGCAUCAAGACAGUUCAACCCAACAAACAGGUCCCCAUCCUCUUGAACUCUCAUCUUUCCCCUUUCAGCUCAUCGACCCUUCCAGCGACCCAAAGUCCGACAACUCCCUUUACAAGUUUUCAUUCGAUAGAAGUCUUCUGGGCGAAUGGCUUAAUUCUCAGGCACAACAACGGCCCAAUUCCUCUUUUUAUAACACAGAGGUUCUUAUUAUCCGUCUUAUAAACUUCUGUCCGAGGCGUUUUGAGUUUAGCUGCACGUCAUUGUCCCGACGAGAUUCUAUUUUUCUAUUACCGAAGAAAUUUUAUCUAAAAAUGUGGGAAAAGAUGAUUACAUUCAAAAUUUUGUUCAGAAAAAAAAAGAAAGAAGUUAUGCUUUCUAGCAACAUUAAAGUAUUUCGACUGUUCGAGAAAAUGAGAAUGAUGACAAUCUGCAACUUUGCAAAUACAGUUUUUUUUUUGAGGUGGUGAGGUACGAACUGCACCCUGAGGCCCCUGCCAAUUCUCAACCUCCACUCUUUCUCACCGCUUACUGGAAAUUCGAACCUAUGCACACCGGUGAGGUUUCAGACCUAUGGCUCCUCUAAUCUAACAAGGGAACGUUUUUUGGCCCCUGCUUGAACUUUUAAUGAAACUUUGCUGAAGUGUACUUUAGGAUCUUCUGAUUGGAGAACGAGAAAAAGGUUUUUCGCAAUCAAACUUUUUUGAGUUAGUAAGCUUUAAAAGCUAGAUUUAGCGCUUUUUUGUCGUCAUUUGCGUAUUUCGUGAAGUUUGAAGCUCCGAAAAUCGAAAACGAGAUCUAAAAAACGUUUCCUAGUAAGUUUAUAAUCGUGGAACGUUACUAUUGAAAAUGAAAAAAAAACCGCUUGGACAAUUUCUUCACUCUAGUCAAAAAUUAGAAAUGCAAGUCUUCAGGGAAAACCUUAUGAAAUCUCAAGAAUCCGUCAAAAGAAACAAAAGCUUUUCUUUUUUUAAUUUUUUUAAGUUUUUUUGAUACUUAAAUAGGAGAAAAAUUUUUAAAAAAACGUGUCCUCAGACAUAAUGAAUAAAGGAGCUGCAGACAUUCGAAUAGACUACCGCCUGAACACGGAGAGCAAAAUGAGUAGUCCUCUGGUGAAUGUGACGUUCACGACGACGGUAAGCGGCGAGGUCGAGGCCGUCAACUCGGAGCCCUCUGUCGAAUGGUUCGACUCCUCUUCUCCUCCUACUCACGCUUCUUUUCUCAGGAACGCGGAGAAGGCGACCCUCACUUGGAUAGUUCACGAAAUCUCGCGUCAUGGCGACGUCGGGGGGUCUCUGAAGACGCGGCUAUCUAUGAAAAACACUGGGGUCGGCUUUUUUUUUAUAAUUGUUAUCAUAUAUUUCUCAAAUUCAUAAUUAAAACUGUGCUUCUCGGUUUUUAGGGUCACUCAUGAGCCUAACUUUUUCGAUCUAUAUUUAGACAUCUAAUUAUUCUCAGUCACUGAAUUUUUAGUUUUGGUUACUACUUCUUUAGUUCUAUCAAUGUUGAAUGCAAUUUUGUAAUCGAAAACUCUGGGAAAAUAACAAUAAGGAAUAAAAACUUGGACAGUUGUUCAAGAAAAUCCUCGGAAUACAUUUUAGAUUCGUAAAAAAAUUAAUCUUCUUUUGAUAAGGUAUAUGUUUGGAACACCGUUUGAUUUCAGCCGGAAGUAAGCUUCGAAAUGAUCGAUCGGAAACCGGCGCAAGUGCAUGUCCAGUUCCAGGUACUGUUGAAAAUUAUUCACAUGAUCGUUCUUUUUUCCCUUUAUUUUGAUGCUUAAAGCUUUCCUUGAGCUUCUUGAAUGCUUCUUUUUCAUAAGGAGAAACAAAACAGCUUUCAGUGCCAUGACGCAAACAUUUCGGGUGUUGAAGCGGUCUUGGCCCCGUCAGACAUUUAUCAUUUAUCAAUGAUGCGAAAGAAGGUACUCGCCGGCAAAUAUUUCUGUGAUCCUGAGCUUCGCAAGUAG